UGGCUUCGCUGCUUCUGAUUGGUCUUCUGACUUGGUCCGAUUUAAGGUCAUUAUCUUAAUCAGCAGUGGAUGAAGUGAGGAGGUGGUGGGGGUUAAAAAAAAAAAAAAAAAAGCAGCAGAAACCAAAUAAGAUCGGUGGAGUUUGGCGUGGAGAGUCGUCUCUACGCGAACCGACGGACCACCACCACUGGCUGAGGGAAGAAUGCUUGAAAACAAGAGAGAGAGAUUGAAAACCUUCCUCAGGAAGAUCGAUGAGAAGGCCAUUGUCAGACUAAAGCACUUCAUGAAGGAGAGCAGCUACCCUGUGGAGAGUGGCGGGCUGCCAGCCAAAGCCAAGAAAAGCAGGAACAGCCAGAGCAAUGGCGCCAUCAAGAAGACCGAGGCGAAGAAAGCCUUGAGUUUAGAGACUGCUCAGCUCGAGCUCCAGCAGCAGCACAAAACCCUCAGCAGACAAAUCGCCGUCAGAUCGGAGACAUUUGAAGGUGGCAACAAAGGUUUUGAGAGAACUGAAUGCACUGGGACGCAAAGUAGUUUCACAAAGCACAACAAAACAUUCCACAAGUUGUUUCCAGACAUUCCUGAGGAAGAAGACUUGAUACAUGCAUACAUAUGUGCUCUGCAGAGAGAAGUGCCGUAUCAUGGUCGCCUCUACAUCACCGACACCCACGCCUGUUUCUAUUCCUCGGUUCUGCUGAAGGACACUAAGGUUGUCAUUCCGGUUUCCUCCAUCCACACAGUGAAGAAACAGAAAACAGCUCUACUGGUACCCAACGCCUUGUCUCUUCGAACCUCAGAAGGAGAGAAGUACGUCUUUGUGUCACUGAGGAACAGGGACUCGUGUUACCAGCUGCUUUGCUCCGUUUGCCCUCAGAUAGAGGACAGCAGCACCAACAGUAGCCCUCUCUUUUCCUCAGGCGAAAACAGCUUUGAUAAAAGCAAACUCGUGAAUUCCAGCCAGUCCAGUUUGGAUGACAGCUUGGAUGGUUCUGAAACUCAGUCCUUACAGAACCAGCCUCUGCAGAGAGCUCACCGAGAAGCAGUGCCUCAUGGAAACGGUUCAGGUUUCAGCAGUCAGCAGACUGACAGCUCAUCCUCAGAGGAGCUCUCUGAGUCAGGUGGAUCGUGGAUGUGGAAUGUGACUGAAAAAGCCAAGUCUCUGCUGGUUCAGAGAGAGUUCAGCACCCUCAACACUCUUCUCUUUAUUUACUUGAUUCUGGUGGUACUGCUGUUGCUGUCUUCGGGUUACAUCGGUCUCCGUAUCGUGGCUCUAGAGGAACAGCUUACGUCCCUCGGUGCUCUGCCAGAGUUCACCUUACAGAGCGGGUAUAACAAAAACACAUAAUCCUCAGCGACGGGAGGAGAGACGGGCGGUGAUUUCAGCCUCUCCACAGCUGAACCUGAAGGGCCAACUUUAACAUACUCAGACUCUGCUCCCAACAUGGCCGGCGCUGUUACAUAGAGGAAGAGCAGCAACCUCGUGCAAUUUCAGAGUCGCUAACUUGAACAACUCUUCUUCCUCCAAGUGCAGUAAAUAAACGGCCGUGUCGCAGCCUCAGCACACAGAGCCAAGCCAAAUAAAUACUCGCGCUGCCUGGUUGCAGUGUACCAGUUGUUUAAAAACCAAAGCCACAGUGGCUCAAACUCAGCAAAGUGCCACACUAGCCAAGUCAGAUGGCACUAUGCUUUCAGAAACUUUUCAACAUCUGUGAAUCUGUCACUCAUUGUCCUGUUCUCCCUGAGCAUGCAAUCUGAAUAGGGCUAUACUACAGCAUUAGCCUGCUGUAGUGCUUUUUGCUGCACUUCAACACUGGAGAUGUAGUGCUAUGCAUAGCCAAAGAUGCACAAAGUGCACAUCUUUUGCAUGAGUGCACAGAGAAAACUUUUCUAUCUUUCAUCAGCUGUAAAUUCAGUCCUGUCUGUCUCUACAUUCAGCAAGUUUGGGGGUACUUUAAAUUGUUCUUUCUCAUUGGGUGUGGGUUGAAAUGAUGCUUUUUCUUUUUUCUUUUUUUUUUUUUUUUGAGAAAAAUCUUUAUCGCAGAUCAGCCCACAAAGGCAUAAUAAUUUCCUGAUGGUCCUAUCCUUUCUCUCAGUCUGCUGUGAUUGCAGUUUUACUUUCUUCGUUUUUGGUAUGAUUUAAAUAUGUUUAAUGAUCAAUGCCCAGAGCUUAUUUUCUUUCCACUAAAAUAAGUACUGGACGAAUGCAUCUUCAAUGCACAAAUACUCAGCACAAUGGGACACGAAGUUGUCCAAAAGGCGUAGAUUUUGGUCUUCGAGAGCAGAUUCAAAUCUCUGGUUUUGACGUCAGUUGUUUUAGCGCCUUCAGAAGCUAGCUUUUUGUUCUAAAGCGACGUGCUCCUUGAAGACCAAUAACCAGUAACGUAUUUCUAAUGCAUGUGUCUGCAGUUAUUGACACUUGACUGAUUACUGUAUAUGCAUUCUUGCUCUGGUCACCAGAGUGAUGAAUAAUAACCCCAUAACACUGUAAGGUCCGAGUUUUCAAAUGCAAAAGAAAUGUGGUCCGGAAAAGAAAUUUCAGUUUGCAUGGGAAGAAUGUAACCUAUGUUUGUGUGAAGUUCUUAAGUGAAGAAUUGUGAUUGUGGGGGGAAAAAACCAGUUCAAUAACAGAAGUGAGAGGAAUGGCGCAAGUAAGCAAGCGCACUUUAAAAAAAGACAAACAUACAUUGUGCCUGUCGCAACCCCCAGACACUUUGGUUGGACUGAAAUGGCAAAGCUGGCGUUCUGCGGUGUUUGAUGGUGCUAAGAAUUAUUUUAAAUUGAUUUCACUCAGGGUUGGUGGGGCUCUUCCUGCCGUGUGGUUUUAGUCGCUAUAGCUAGACAUUUCAUUAUGUAGUGCUCAUGAUGGGUUUCACGGUUUGCACGUCUUUAGUUAUUCAGUAACCCUUUAAUAAUAAAUUGAUCUCACUUGAUUUUAACUGAGAAAUCUGCCGUCUUUCCAUUAUCAAAUUUCUUGUUUUUAACUUAAAUCAUUUAUCAGUACCACAUUUUAACAUCACAGUUCUUUUGGAGCCUCUUUCUUUGUAGGAGCAGUGAGCACCCUCAUGGAGAGUCUUCUAAAUGUUUUUUUUUCUUGCCAUGCCAUAUCCAUUACUGUCAGUUAUUGUAUUCGCCCACCCAGGGGCAGUAUGCACAACCACUGUCCACGAAUGAUCCAUUUCAAGACUUUAGGGCGGGUUUUGUGUGAUUUUUGCACUAUUUAGAGUGUUGUAAAUAAUUUUGUACCAAAUGUUAAUGUCCUUAAUUCUACUUUGGCUCUCUCUAUAUAUUUAUUUGCAUUAUGUGUAAUUUAAAGUGGUCUCUGUGAGAUUGCUUUGUACUGUUAAAAAUAAAUAUUUGGAAGUAAAA